AUGGUGGUGUUUGUCGACUACGAACGGGAUUCGUACGAUGACGUACAGCACCGUCACCCAGGAAGCAUCCUACACCCUUACACCGAUAUGGGAAGCCUGCCAGGUGUGAAGCCACACGACGAGGGAUUAAUAUAUAAUGGUCACGAUAUAAUCAAUGGGACCGACAAAGACGAGAAGCUCCCCGAUUCUCGAGAUGAUCCGAACUUGAACGCUUUCAGCCGCUGUUUAGCGUGUUAUCCUGUAGUCAGAGAACUAGCACGUUACCUAGAUCUCAACACCCUGGACGCUCUUUCCAGGACAUGUCGGCAAAUCAGAGCCAAUUUGAUUCCCUACAGUCGUCAACUCGUUAAACGAACUUUACGCUGUGAGACACAAUACAACGUAAUACUGAAUGAGCUUCUAAGGGAAGGAGUCUCGUUAUCGGAAGGCGUAAAACUUGCCAACCGAUCGAUCAAUGAUGACGCUCCCAAGAAUGGCAGACUGCGAUGGGGGAUAUCCGGAUUGUGUGCUCGUGACAUGGUUGGAGAGUGCCAAAGGUGCUCCAAAGUAGUAUGUCGGAACUGCACGGUCAAACCGCCGAGAGCUACUAUGGCCAGGAACCGUCUACGUCGGCUUUGCAAAACUUGCUGUGCGGCACCAAUCGUUUACCACCUCUUUCCAGGAGACAAGGUGCCGAGCACGCAACUUACUUCGUUGCAGCAAAGCACACAGGCAUUUACCUUUUCAGCCUUUGCGCGAACUCCUUGUCGGUGCCAGGAUACGUUAUGGUUAUGUGAAAGUUGUGGCUUUACCUUGAGCAAGAAUGACUCGACGUAUCGACGAGUAUGGACCUGGCGUACGCGAUAUGGUACGUAUCUUGGGACUGGUCUGGGAACAGGUAUUGGAGAAGGUUUUCAAGGCGUGAAGUGCGGCAAAGGAGAGAAUUGUCUUGCCGCUUCAGCAAUUGAACUGGAAGUGGAUUGUGAGGUAGACGAGUCGGCAAUUACCAUUCCGCACCUUCACAACUAUGAUUCUGAUGGUCCUUUCAAUGGGCAUGUGGAGUCACCUCCCUUGAUAGAUGGACUUCCUCUAAGCGAACGGAGUGAUGGUCAUCAGCACGAUGAUGAACCUGGCUACUUGCGACAAGAGAUCGUUGGUAUUGGCGGGGUCGUCAAGCGAAAGGUCAAGAAGAGAGUUGUCGUGGGGGCUUGUGUGGAGGAGUAUGAAGAUGAACGCGAGACCGGGAAAUAUCUUCAAAGAGAAGCGGACGGAUUAGAAAGGAGUUGGUGUGGGUGGUGCUGGAGAGUCGUACCCAGCCGCAAAGACUGGGAGAAGGAAGUUGUGCCGAUCUAG